UGGGGUCUUCAAUGAUCUUUUUGGCUUGCUCUUUGAAAGGGGAGAACACACAUUCAAGUUUUGAAAAAAAUCAGAAAAAUUGUUCAAGUGAAACAAAAGCGUUAUUUCUUUAUUGUCAUUUUUUGUUAAUAGAAACAUUUUUUUCGUUUAAACAUUUAUAAUGUUGCAAGUUAAAUAGCUUGUUUUUCAUCAAGACUGAUAACUAUCAAGCGGUGUACAAUUAAUCUAUUUUGCUUGGAGACAAAACGCGGAGUCGAUUUGGGAACCAGGCAGAUCACUUCUUGGGAUCAUUAGCCUUUGCAAAAAUGCUGAAUCGAACACUUGCAGUUCCUCCCUGGAUCGUUUACCGACAUCAUGCGCCCCCCUAUACAAAUAUGCAUGUUCCCUACAGGGAGUUCUUUCAGUUGGAGGCUUUGGCGCAGUACCACCGGGUCGUGAGUCUGGAAGACUUCAUGGAACAACUAGCCCACACUCACUGGCCUCAGGGAGUCAGGGUGGCCUACUGCUUUGAGACAGCUGCCCAUCGCAGUGCUGACAAGAAGACCUGUCCCAUGAAGGAUGGAAAUCCUUUUGGUCCAUUUUGGGACCACUUUGGUGUGGAGUUUGACAGGUCUGUGCUUUUUGGGAGCAUAUCUUUCAGUGCCUACUAUCAGCCACACUGGAUAAAGAAGUUUCCCCCCUCAGAGCACCCUGUCCUGGCUCUUCCAGGGGCCCCAGCCCAGUUUCCUGUGCUGGAGGAGCAUGUUGGCCUGCAGCAGUACGUGGUGUGGGCAGAAGGGAUAGUGCAGCAGGGGGAGCAGCACAUCCAGGAUCUAUUGAUCAGGCCCUACUUGGGCAUCCACCUGAGGAUCGGUUCUGACUGGCAAAACGCAUGUAAGCUGCUGCAGAAUGGGGAGACGGGGCCUCACUUCAUGGCAUCUCCCCAGUGCGUGGGUUACAACCGUCAGAACGCCCUGCCCCUCACAAUGACAAUGUGCCUGCCAGAUCUGGCGGAGAUCCGCCGCGCGGUUAAGCUCUGGGUCAAGAAGACCAAAGCCCGCUCUGUCUACAUCGCCACCGAUUCUCAGUCCCACAGUGGUGAAAUCCAGAAGCUCUUCAAUGGCAAUGUGAAAGUAGUUAGCCUACAGCCAGAUACAGCGCAAGUUGACCUGUACAUUCUGGGCCAAUCAGACCAUUUCAUUGGGAACUGUGCUUCCUCCUUUUCCGCUUUUGUGAAGAGAGAACGCGAUGUCCGUGGCCGACCCUCGUCAUUCUUUGGCAUGGACUACCCUGGGAAGAAGAAGGAUGAACUUUAAAAGAUCUCGUUAUGGAGGUCUGAGUUUUAACAACCGUUGAGGAAAGAUGCUGGUCAGUUUGUUUACUGAGACUGAAGUACCUGUAGACUGGAUAAAAGAAUAGCACUUGUAGACAGGUAGUUUUUUGGCGUUUUAUAAUGAAAGCACAGGAAUAUUUUCAAGGUAAUUUGGAUGCCUGGUGUACUCAUCCUUUAAAAGGACAGUCUGUAUUACAUUAUUAUUAUGAAAGCUCAAAACUAGUGUGCAGAAACAUUUUACAGUUUGAGUGUAGAUAUGCAGCCUGUAUGCUUACGCAAACCAGCUGGAAUCAAGGGGUUUCUAAUUUCCACAAUACAGUCUUUGCUAUAUAUAUUGCAAUUUGCAUACCAGUCAAGGUGAAGGGAGCUCAGGUCGCUUCAUUAAGUCCCACUGCCCCUGUAUAAUGUUGCCUGAUCUCAUGUGCUGUGACUUUUAGAAGGGCCACCCUUCAUGUGUAUGAUAUACAGUAAAGGGAACAUGGGUGGGGUGGGGUCAUAGGGGGGAGCAGGACCCUUCUUUUUUCCAGGAGCUGGAAACUGACACACGUUCAUGCGCAGUAACUGAUCCUGGCAGAUACUAAUUAUAGGGGUGGUCCUGUCAGUCUUGCUUGCCUGUAACUGGCUGGCUAAUGGUGUUAGGUGAAGAAUUACUUAACUGGUUAGUCACUGGAGCUCUUCAGCAGGAUGAGCGUUUUUCAAGCCCUUUGCCAUACUUGCAGGCCAAACAUCAAAUGACAUAAAAGCUUAAAACCAAAGUGGCUAAACUCUGUGCAACCCUUUUUAUGCUGAUAAUUUCUUUGUCUUUAUCUGGAUAAUGUGGGGGAAAACAUUUGCCCUUUUUUGUAAUCCAGUUAUGAUUUCAACCUGGAAAAGGAUGGAGAUGCUGAGCCCCCUCUUUUGGCUACUGCUUGCAUAAUGCAUAUCCAGAGAAUAAGACCCAAGACCAAGCUAUGUAACUGAAAUACAUCUGCACUCAUGUCUGCUCUAGUUUUAAUUGAACCUGUUUCUUCAUUAUCAAGGAAAUUCUUGGGUUUAACAGGCAAAAUGCUUCUCGCCAUUUUACAUAAGUGCAGUUGGGAUAUAAUACCUGGGGCCACAGUAAACAUACUCCACUACUUUUGGCCACUGAGCCACUUUUCCCCUCUGAUUUACAUCGUUGAAUAAUAUUCUGCAACAUUUUGCUGGUUUGACUUGCCUCUAAUGUAUAGGGCUACAACAUGCUUUGCUCAGGUUAACAAAUGUAUUGUGAUAUAAAGUUGUAAAGACAAGAUCGUUGAUAUCGUGGGCUUGAAGUGGGGGUGUUUGAUUCAAAUAUUGAAUGACAUGUCAAUGGAACCACAGAGGUGGUUUGUUAAUAAACCAAACCCAUGGUUGAACAUAAGAUUUGAGUAAAAACACAUUUACAUUAAUUUUCCUCAGUGCCCUUUGCUUUGUUUUGUGUAUUUGUGCGAUACCCUACAAAUACUACAGUUCAGUGGUGCAAUUUACUGAGUGAUCUCAAAAGCUCCAUCUGCUUGGUAUGUUGAGUUAUAACCAAAGUUUAACAAGCUCCAGGUAUGUGAUUUUUUUCCGUUGGUCUAAUAUAAUUUUUAAUAUGAUGAUCAUAAUCAGGGACCAAUCUAAAGUGUUGUCCCCCUUGAUACUUGUGUGCAUUGUUUCAGACUGUUUUGAUGUGUACUCUGACAUUUUUGGGUGUUUUCUAGUAAUUGUAAAGCAGUAUUAAUUGUUCAUUGUGCUGUUUACAUAUCAUUCCCUUCCACUGCCUGAUGCUUUAAUGUACCUAUUUAUAUAUGGUAUAUUUUUGACAUUAUUUGGUGAAAUUAAAAUUUAUGGAUUACUGCAUGUCAGGGUGCCCAGCAAGGGUUGAUCCGUUUUAGUAUUUUGUGCCAAUUUAUGCUCUUAAUUAUUAAAUCAAUCAUAUCUUGAUCUGA